AAUCACAAAUUGGGCCUUGAAAAUCUUUAUUCGAUUCACCCAAAAUCCAUUAAGAAAAGUGUUUACCCCCAAAAAAAAAAAGAAAAGAAAAGGAAAGGGAGGGCAAAUGUAGUGUCCUCUCUGUCCACCUCCAUCCCAUCACCCCAGCCAAAAAAAUACCAAAAUAGAAGCCUAAGCCCUACAAAGCGUUAAAGUAAAACCCAUACUCAGUUUAUCACUUGAUUGCAGCUUUUGUGUAAAUUACCGAUUCUUCUCCAACGCCGCUUUGAUUCUCUGCUACCCAUUGCCAUGACUAACACUUUGGCAGCUGCAAACGCCGAACUAUCUCAUUGCUUUGCGGCUUCUUCCAGACCCACUUUCGAUAAACCCGUCACCGCUACUCAACCUCCUUAUGGGAUGCGCCCCUACCGCUUCUUCUCCCAAGGGUAUCCACUGCUUUCUUUAUCUCCGCAACGCAGACCUAGCAUUUCUAGUAGCCGCAUAAUUGCGAUGUCGAAUUACUCCGAUGGGUUAGGUGGGCUGACGUAUAAGGAUGCUGGUGUUGACAUAGAUGCUGGGUCUGAGCUUGUUCGAAGAAUCGCCAAGAUGGCACCUGGAAUUGGUGGUUUCGGCGGCCUUUACCCUCUAGGCGAUUCUUACCUUGUUGCUGGUACUGAUGGUGUGGGAACCAAACUCAAGCUAGCAUUUGAGACUGGAAUCCACGAAACUAUUGGGAUUGAUCUUGUUGCAAUGAGUGUCAAUGACAUUGUUACUUCUGGAGCAAAACCAUUAUUCUUCCUUGAUUAUUUUGCAACGAGUCACCUUGAUGUUGACCUUGCUGAAAAGGUUAUAAAAGGCAUUGUAGAUGGUUGUCAACAAUCUGACUGUACUCUGUUGGGUGGAGAGACUGCGGAGAUGCCAGAUUUUUAUGUGAAGGGGGAAUAUGAUCUUAGUGGCUUUGCAGUAGGCAUUGUUAAAAAGGAUUCAGUUAUUGAUGGGAAAAACAUUGUGGCUGGGGAUGUACUGAUUGGCCUACCUUCUAGUGGAGUCCAUUCAAAUGGUUUUUCUCUUGUAAGAAGGGUUUUGGCUCGAAGUGGCCUUUCUUUAAAGGAUCAACUUCCUGGUGCAGCAGUUACAUUAGGUGAAGCAUUGAUGGCGCCAACUUUCAUAUAUGUUAAGCAGGUGCUAGAUUUAAUUAGCAAGGGAGGGGUGAAGGGGAUAGCACACAUCACGGGUGGUGGUUUUACAGACAAUAUACCUCGAGCGUUUCCAAAAGGCCUUGGUUCUGUCAUCUAUAAGGAUUCUUGGGAAGUUCCGGCCGUGUUCAAAUGGAUACAACAGGCUGGAAAUAUUGAGGAUGCUGAGAUGAGGCGGACUUUUAACAUGGGCAUUGGCAUGGUUCUCAUUGUGAGUCAGGAAGCAUCUCAUAGCAUACUUGAAGAUGCAAAUGGUGCUUACACAGCCUACAAGAUCGGUGAAGUUGUGACUGGAGAAGGAGUGAGCUAUCACUAGAGUGUAGCUUGUGUUGUAACAUGUGACAUUUAUUUCUCUCUUAAUUGGGACGACUUCUGCACUUGCCGCUUUUUUAUUAUCCCGUAGAACAACUUUAGUAGGCAAUAAGUCCCUAUUUAACAAGAGUUAUUUAUUGGUAAUAUGAGAGUUUGGAUAGGCAAUGAAAGUCGUGCGGAGUUCUUUAAACUCAUAACAAGACUGAAUUUUGGUUGGCUCUCCAAAAGUUUUCAUACAGUUGUAAAUCGGUGACUGUUGUAACAAGUCUUUCUUCUCCAUUUAUCAUUCUAAUUUACGCAUUGAGAUCUUCAUUUCUUCCACAAAAUUGUUCUUAAUCUCAUUUUGCAACUCACUUAAAUUGAAGCACAGGUUUGU